UGCUACUAGAGGGGGAGAGAGCGGCGGAGGAAGGGUCACCCUGCAGGCAGCCCACCUUCUCAAACGUGCCCGCGAGCAGCCAGCGGAGCCCGGCCACCAUGGUGAAACUCGUGACCGUCAAGACCCAAGCCUACUCCGAUCAGAAGCCCGGCACCAGCGGGCUCCGCAAGCGGGUCAAGGUGUUCCAGGGCAACGCCAACUACGCGGAGAAUUUCAUCCAGAGCAUUAUCUCCACCAUCGAGCCAGCCGAGAGGCAGGAGGCCACCUUGGUGGUGGGGGGAGACGGCAGGUUUUACAUGAAGGAGGCUAUCCAGCUGAUCAUCCGCAUCGCUGCCGCCAACGGGAUUGGCCGCUUAGUAAUUGGACAGAAUGGAAUUCUCUCUACCCCUGCUGUGUCCUGCAUUAUUAGAAAAAUCAAAGCUAUUGGUGGCAUAAUUUUGACAGCAAGUCACAACCCUGGUGGACCCAAUGGAGAUUUUGGCAUCAAAUUCAAUACUUCAAAUGGAGGGCCUGCUCCUGAAGGGACUACCGAUAAAAUUUUCCAGAUUAGCAAAACUAUUGAAGAGUAUGCCAUAUGUCCAGAUCUACAAGUAGACCUCAGUACUAUUGGAAAGCAGCAGUUUGACUUGGAGAACAAGUUUAAACCAUUCACAGUUGAAAUUGUGGACUCAGUAGAGGCUUAUGCCAACAUGUUGAGAAAUAUUUUUGAUUUUAGUGCACUGAAAGAACUACUGUCCGGUCAGAACCAUCUAAAGAUUCGCAUAGAUGCUAUGCAUGGAGUUGUUGGCCCUUAUGUCAAAAAGAUCCUCUGUGAAGAACUUGGAGCACCUGCUAAUUCUGCUGUGAAUUGCAUACCUCUUGAGGACUUCGGUGGACACCAUCCAGAUCCAAACUUAACUUAUGCUGCUGACUUGGUUCAGACCAUGAAGACUGGCGAGUAUGAUUUUGGAGCUGCCUUUGAUGGAGAUGGGGAUCGCAACAUGAUACUUGGAAAACAUGGGUUCUUUGUGAAUCCUUCAGAUUCUGUGGCUGUUAUUGCUGCAAAUAUUUUCAGUAUUCCUUACUUUCAACAAACUGGUGUUCGGGGGUUUGCCCGAAGCAUGCCUACUAGUGGAGCAAUUGACAGGGUGGCCAAAGCUACAAAGAUUGCUUUGUAUGAAACUCCAACAGGCUGGAAGUUCUUUGGAAAUCUGAUGGAUGCAAACAAAUUAUCUCUGUGUGGAGAAGAGAGUUUUGGUACUGGGUCUGAUCAUAUUCGUGAAAAAGAUGGACUUUGGGCUGUCUUGGCAUGGCUGUCAAUCAUAGCUGUCCGCAAACAGAGCGUAGAAGAAAUCUUGAAAGAUCAUUGGCAAAAAUAUGGGCGGAACUUCUUCACAAGAUACGACUAUGAAGAGGUGGAUGCUGACAGUGCAAGCAAGAUGAUGAAGGCUCUAGAGACAAUAUUCUUUGAUCGUUCCUUUGUUGGGAAAAAGCUAUCUGCAGGUGACAAAUCGUACGCUGUAGAGAAAGCUGAUAACUUUGAGUACAGCGAUCCUGUGGAUGGAAGCAUCUCAAGAAACCAGGGUUUGAGGCUCAUCUUUACUGACGGUUCUCGCAUAAUCUUUAGACUAAGUGGCACAGGAAGUGCUGGAGCGACUGUGCGGCUGUAUAUUGACAGCUACGAAAAAGAUGCCCCCAAAAUAUAUGAAGAUCCACAGGUCAUGUUGGCUCCCCUCAUCUCCAUUGCACUGAAGCUUUCCCAGCUUCAUGAGAGAACUGGUCGUACUGGCCCUACUGUCAUCACAUAAGAAGGGAACCAGGGGUUGCUGGAAUAGACGGCCUGGAGUGACUUGGCAGCUGUCAGUUGAAAUCAGCUGGUCUUCAUUUCAAAUGUAUCCCUAAAAAUGCUAACACUAUUUAAAAAGCAUGAUGAAGUGAGAAAAAGAUGUCAUUUUUUUUAAAGAGCAAAGUUUACACUAUGUGUAUGCUAAUAGACAUUGUCUUUUUAUUGUCACCUGUUGCCUUUCUAAUUCUUGCAUAGUACGUACAUAGGAUAUGCUGCCUUUUGGUUUGGCAGGGAUUAAAACAAAUUACUGUAUUAAAAACAGCAUUGGGAAGAAAAUCCUGUUGCCCUUUUCAGAAAUUCCUGAAUUAUCUUUGCCCAAAAAGCCUUUGGCAAUGUGCCAAAUCUUUGUGUCACGAAGUACAUAUACAAUCGCUGUGAAUGACUAUCUGCUCCCCCUUCUCUGAAACAUCCUGUUUCAAAUAGUAUCUAUCAGUUGAAGUCUGUACCACAGUCUGCUGUACAAAGACCACCACUCUUCCAUGGAAAGCUGCAUUGAUACAAACGUUGCAAAAUAUUAAAAUGAAAUGAAGCAGUA